UACUCCCCCGAAUACAGAGCUGACUUCCGGUGUGUUACAUAACUACAUUCCCCUAUCGGUUACUACAUUAAUAUUCAACUUUACUGCUUGUGUGUUAUAUUAUUAGUUCCCCUAACCCGGUGCAGAGAGCUGACUUCUUGUGUGUUUGAGCCGGUAAAGCUGAGCUGCGGCUUCUGUUGAUAUUUGUGAACUGAAUGAGUUGGUAACCCUGCAGAGCUGCAGCCACUGUCCUGCUCUAGAACGUUGGUCAUUGGGGGCCAAUCAUGGUGUUCUACUUCACAAGCAAUGUUGUGUCCCCAGCUUAUACGAUAUAUAUGGGAAAGGACAAAUAUGAAAAUGAGGAUCUGAUAAAGUACGGCUGGCCUGAAGACAUAUGGUUUCACGUGGAUAAACUCUCAUCUGCACAUGUUUACCUCCGGCUACAAAAGGGUCAGACGAUAGAUGAUAUUCCCAAGGAUGUGCUAACAGACUGCGCGCAGCUGGUCAAAGCCAACAGCAUUCAAGGUUGCAAAAUGAACAAUAUUAAUGUUGUCUACACACCGUGGGCCAACUUGAGGAAAACGGGAGACAUGGAUGUUGGCCAGAUAGGAUUUCACCGGCAGAAAGAUGUUAAAAGUGUGACCGUUGACAAGAAGGCAAAUGAAAUACUGAACCGCUUGGAGAAGACAAAGGACGAACGACACCCUGAUCUUGCGGCAGAGAAGGAGUCUCGGGACCGGGAAGAAAGGAACGAGAAGAAAGCCCAGAUACAAGAUGUAAAGAAGAAAGAGAAGGAAGAAACGAGAAAGAAGAAAGAGAUGGAUGAACUCAGAAGUUACUCAUCCUUGAUGAAAUCUGAAAAUAUGUCUACAAACCAGGAUGGAAACGAAUCUGAUGAUUUUAUGUAAUUUACGACUCAGAAGCCACCAAACUAGACCAUGUUUAUGUAUUUUAGAAUUUGAACUACAUAUGCUUAAAAAAAAAAAAAAAAAGGAAAAUCACUUGCUAAACGCUAUUGCCUGACCCGUCAGCCAUGGACACUAUGAAAAUGGUGUGAAUCCAGAGGCACCUAGUAGGACAAUUCAACUGUUGUGCAUGUCCUUUUUCAAUAAGGAUUUUUCUGGUAUUGCUGAUUGAGGAACAUGAGAUUACAAGAAGAAUCAAUUUACCAAGUAUUACAUUUUUCUUUCUUUCAAAGUUGCAAACUGCUUCUUAGGUCGUAUAAUUUGCGUAAUGCGCAGAGAGAAUUCCAACUCUUACAGUUUGUCAGUGAUACACAUGGAUUAUGGUUUAUAAACGAUUGUAAGUUUGUAAGGAUGCUUAAAAAAAUGUUGUGUGUAAAAAGUUAUAUUUGCCUAGUUCUGGCUACAAAAAUCAUUUCCAGACCGAUUGGCUGAAAUUUUAAUCUUUCCUGCAAGAUCUUUUCCAAAUAUGAAAAAUUAAAGAUAUUUUUUAAACAUCUUGCUGAUCAUUUGCAUAUGUUUGAGCAACUGACAGUAUGCUUUGAAUUUUGAAAUGCACUCAUUAACCUGUUUGUUUUUCUCAAAUACUUGCUUAAAAUAAGCACACUGGGAAAUAAAAUGUUAGCUAAUUAAA